AUGGUUGAACAGGUGAGUAGCCAUACACCAGAUGUGGGUGGAGAUCCUCAUCCUGAUGAAGUAAAUACUCCAGUAUCCCUUCGUGAGGAGCGACUUGUGGAUAAACUCACUAGUGUUAUUCAACAGACUCUCGAAGAACACAAAAAGAAUAGUGAUAAAGGUAAAGAGAAAGCCACCAAAGAAUCUUCAAAAGGGGAGGUGAAAUGUCCCUCAUUCAAAACUUUCAAGAGUAAUGGUGCUACGAAGUUUUCAGGUGUUCUUAAUCCCAUUGUCGUUCUUACAUGGAUCCAAGACACAAAAAAAGUAUUUUGUAUCCCUCAUGUGGUUAAUGAAGACAAAGCUAAUUAUGCUUUUGCAAUGCUCAUCGGAGAAGCCUUGGUCUGGUGGGAAGCAACAUUUGAAGCUUUCAACGAGUAUGACCAGGAAAAUUUGUCUUGGGAAAUGUUCAAAACUCACUUGCUAGGAAAUUAUUGUCCUCUAAACACGAGGAGAAGAUUUGAGAAAGAAUUCCUCAAGCUUAAACAGGGAGAAAUGACUGUGAAUGAUUAUGAAACACAAUUCAAUCAAAAAGCACGGUUUGCUGCAAAGUAUAUUCCAACUGGAGACGAUAAAAUUCAGUUAUUCAUGGAAGGACUACGGUAUGAAAUCCACGAUUUCGUGGUUAAUCGGGAUGUUCUGUCAUUUGAUAAAGCGAUUGAGUAUGCUCGAAGGCACGAGCAUGACUUAGAGAUACGUGGUGCCACUCUUUCUGUUCCGAAGCAUCCACGUAUUGAUCGAACUGUUCCUGUUUCCUCUAUUCCACCAGCUCAAUCUAUUCGAACUGAUCCUGGUAAACAAGUUCAAUCUCAUAAUACAUCCCAUGGUUGCGGUAGGUCACAAUCUUUUUCUCUUCAGUCACCAUCAUGUCAAAAUUGUGGAAAGAAUCAUCAGGGCGAAUGCAGAUUAGAAAAAGGAUCAGUGGUCUGUUAUGGAUGUGGAGAAAUAGGCCACAUGAAGUCCGUUUGCCCGAUGAAGAAAGUUACAUGCUUUGCUUGUGGUGUUACUAGCCACAUGAAGUGUUUCUGCCCUACUCUUACUAGUCAAAUGGCAGGAAGUCAAGCUUCCAUACAACAACCAGAAAGUACUCCAACUAAAAAGGAGGAGGUGCCAAAAGCUAAAGGUCGUGCAUUCCAAAUUAGCACGGAGGAGGCACAUGAAGACUCGAAUGUUGUGACUGGUACAUUUCUCAUCAACUCUAGACAUGCUCAUAUCUUAUUUGAUUAUGGUGCCUCAAAUUCUUUUUUGUCUCAUGAAUUUGCGCAUUCCUUUCAAAUUGCUUGCUAUGCACUCGUGCAACUAUUUCAUGUAGAUACUGCAGGAAGUAUAUCUUUAUUUGCUGAUAAAGGGAAGAAAACUGUAAAAGAUGUUCUCGUUGUUAAUGAAUAUCCUGAUGUUUUCACUGAUGAUUUGCCUGGACUACCUCCGGAUAGGCAAGUAGAAUUCCGAAUUGAUCUUGGUGUUAGCUAUUUCUCGAAUAUUGAUUUGAGAUUGUAA